UUUUCAAAUUCGAAUACCUUUCGUUCGGACUGUUUUGUUUUCGAACAUCUUUCAUUCGAAUCAAACCAAACGUCAAACCCACUUUGUUUAUGAAGGAGUGAAUAAUUUCCGCAGCGGAUGAGCGGUGAACUGCAAAAAUGGAAAAAAACAAAAACAAAACAACCACUAAAAAUCAGUUCGAGCGGAUUGUGCUGCUUCUGGAGCAAGAGCCGGACAUAGCAAAGGGUUUCUCCCGAGGAAAUUCCGGACCCUUCUGGGAUGAUCUGGCGGCAGAAGUCAAUAGUUUGGGACCGCCUAUUCGCGAUGGAAGUGGAUGGAAAAAGGUUUGGGCGGACUAUAAGUCCGGAUUAAAGCGAAAACUCGCUCACAACAAACGGGAGCAGAGGGCGACAGGUGGAGGACCCAAUAAAAUUAUCAAUUUGUCCGAGCUGGAGGAGCAGGCAGUUCUACUAACUGGGUUACUUGCGACCGUGGAAGGAAUCCCGGGUACCUCAUCUCAUGGAACACAGUUGGGUUCGCCUUCGGGUGAACCUCAAGCUGCAGACCAGGAAAAUUUUAUAUAUUAUGGUACUUCCGACGAGUGUGACGGUAUCAAUAAUACCAUUCACUUCCAGCCCUCUCAGCCGAAAAAAUCCAGACCUUCUACCACGAGACUAUUAGAGCUGCAAGUCGAGCAACAAAACAAAUUUCACACCAAUGUGAAAUCCCUGUUAAAAAACACAAACAAGAAUUUGAGUGAUCUGGUUCAUUAUCAGCGCCAAUCAGCUCGAGCGAUUCUUUCCGUGGAUGCCACACUCAAAGAACAUCUGAGUGAACAAAAACGACAUAACCACGAGAUGGAGAAGAUCGCGCUGGAGAAAUCAAUAGCGACAAAUCCUUGAAACGCAGAUUGCGUAUAUUUCAGAACAUUAGAAUAAUGUUUCAAAAUAUCAGUGAUCUGAUUUUUUAUCUUUAUAUUGUAACUCAAGUAUAAAAAAAUGAAAAAAGUUCUAAUCGUAUUUUUAUAUCUUUCCAUGGAAGAAAAAUCUUACUUAAUUUUUUCUUUGAAGUUUGUUUGGAAUAGCAUCAAAAUUAUAUAAACUUUUUUUAAAUUCACGAAUUUCGCCUAUAGUUUAUGGAACUUCCUUAACCCCUUCACGUACAACAUUGAACUUCACUCGUUGUUUCUCGAUGUGAAAUAAUUACAUAGCUUCAGGCAUAUGAUGAGGAUACCGACAACUGAAGAUUAUCAAAUUUCCGUUAUUUAAAAAAAAAAUUGAAUGAGCUAAAAAUAUAAAAUAUAAUUUGAAUAUUAUAAUUAAAAUAAAAACGAACGAGUUAGUACGUAGUAAUAACUCCUUCGUUUUUAUUUUAAACACAACAUGUAUUUGCUCAUCAUAGGGCACCCAUGUUAGAUACCCACACUCAGCAGAGUAGCGGAACGACUCGAAGUGCUCGUUUUGGGCCGUGCUGUUGGAAAUUAAAUCGUACAGCAAGGGGUUAAAACAACGCAAAAAGUAUUAACAAUGGUUAUUUGAAUACUUGGCCUGCUUACGAGAAAUCGA